UGUGUCUUAAUCAUGCUCCUCCCACUUCAACCAUACUUUCCUCCUGCAACAUAGGCCACAGGUUGUUCAAGCGCGGAUAAUACGGUUUGUUUUAACGACCAACUAAUAAGUAUGUUAACGUUUUAUCGCUUGUGACCUAUAUACUUCACCGUUACAUUUCGUUUUGAUUUGUGUCUGGGAAUCCGUAAAACAACAAGCUUAACACGCCACUACAACAAUGUUUGUCCAACUUCAUACCCGCUACGAGGCUUUUCUUAAUGAAAAGAACGUUGUGACAGAUCUCCUAGCUAUGAUGGAGGAGAAAACCGGGAUACAGAGAAAAUAUAUCGCUUCAGGUGUGGUUUCUCUGAUUGGUGCAUAUCUAUUGUUUGGCUACGGCGCCUCUCUCCUCUGUAACCUGAUUGGCUUUGUCUACCCGGCAUACUUCUCGAUCAAGGCCAUAGAGAGUAAGAACAAAGAUGACGACACUCAGUGGUUGACCUACUGGGUGGUCUAUGGCUGCUUCAGCAUCACCGAGGCCUUUUCUGACAUCUUCCUCUCCUGGUUCCCCUUCUACUACGCUGGCAAGUGUUUAUUCCUGGUGUGGUGUAUGGCCCCGGUGUCGUGGAACGGUUCUGCCGUCCUCUAUUCCCGCGUCAUCCGUCCGCUGUUCCUCAGACAUGAAGCCACCCUGGACAGCGUUGUCAAUGACCUGAGUGGCAAGGCCAAGAACAUGGCCGACACUGUGACUAAAGAAGCUGUCAACCUGGUCGCCAGUCAUGACAAGAACCAGUGACAGACCAACGAAUGACCACAAGCCCAGAAGAUGCAUUGGGCUCCCAAACACAACAUAUUGUCUUUAAUGUCUCAUGAUAAUAAAUUAUAAUGGACCCAGUCAUGUGAUCAGCCGGCCUGUGAUAACGCCGCAGUGACCAGAAUAAGCACCUGUUUAAUCAUUCACUCAGUGGCAUGCGCCGUGUUUCUUAAGUCUUAUAAGUGUACUAUAUCAUCUUAACGGGGUUCUGUAGAUGUUACACUCUAACCCUGUUGUUGUCCAAUCAGGUCAAGUUGGUGAAGUGUGACUGUUAAGAUCAGUUGGAAUGCAAGCUGGAGAUAAGAGCAGCCACUGCACUGACUGACUUCCAAAGUGUGUGUGUGUGUGUGUGUGUGUGAUCUGUAGUCUGUCAUUCAAUCCAUGAACACCCUUUGGCCUAGCACAGCACUGACAUGCUGGAUUCAAAUAAUCUAAGGCUUCAGAGGGUUAGUGCCGAGCUUGAACCAAAAUGCGAUGGCUGGAUUAGGAGACACUGUGUGUCUUGGUUGUAGUUGAUAGGAAUGCGUUUAGAAAUCAGCUUUUUUCUCCGAGUGAGGUUGUUCUUACAACCUAACCAUAUUACUGUUGUCCACCGUUUGUGAUUGGGGCAUAGAGUAGCCAGUGUCCCGAAGUCUGCCAAUCUGUGCCAAACAUUUUAACUGCCUCACCUGUCCUGAAAAAAACAAUGCUUUCUUGGUUGUGAACUGAACUGAAAGGUAUUUGUUGUUAAAUGUCUCUAUAAUAAUCUUGAAUUAAUUAAACUGGAACUUGGGUAAUUAA